AUUACGUUAUUUCAUCAUUAAUGAACUUAAUCACAUAAAUCUGGCUCCUCACAUGGAGACUUUUAAUCAUCGUUGUUAGUGUUUUUCGAAAAAUGACACGGAAUUGGUGGGCACAUAUUUGCACCAAAUGGUAACAUUUGGACGAAAUGUAUUGGAUACGAAACCGAUAGCGUAGUUGAAUUUUCGUUCUUCUUGUACGACUUUUCUUUUUGUUCUUUUUUGACCCAUUAAUGGUUGCUGAACUGCUUGUCCAAGACUUUGGACCGGUGAGAUUCGCUAGAGAAAUAUAGAUUUUCCUAUGGGCCAUCGUCGGAUUUGUUCCUUCCUUGCAAAGACAGAAAGGCCAUCAAUAUAAACUCAUGGAAAAGAGAAUGUACUUGGAAUUUUCAAGGACCAGCACACGACAAUAAGAGAAGGAGCCAAGUCAAAGAAGACGAGUGGGCACGUGACGAUACAUGAUUCGCUUGCUUGCUGGGCAAAGCAUCCUGUCAAUUUCGCCGGUUCAACCGAGAAAGAAAUGCCUGCCCACCUUCUUAUAAAUGGGGCGUCACUUCAAGAAACUCAUGUUUCUCGCGCAAACGAACAGAUCUUUGACAUUUCAAGAUUAGGUUGUAAAACACAGAAGUUCUUUUUCUUUUGUUGAAGAUGUAUGUGACGCGGCCUCUGUCCAUGUACCGGCAGCAUCCCGAGGCCCUCUCGGAGGCUCCGCCGGCGGGGCCUGGCUCUGGAUACCUGGUGAUCCAGGACGAGGAAGCCCAGAACUUCCGCUUCCUCGGGCUGUUCAAGGACGGCGAGCUCUACGACUUCCCCUUCCCUCAGAACAAGGACCUCACACUCCGGAACAGUGACGGUGAAUUCACAUCCCAUGAUGAGGUGUUCAUGAUCCCAGUCGUCGGCCAGCCCUUGUCCUCCAAUCAAUACUAUGUGAUUCAGCGUCGUGGGAAGCGCAAAGGGGAAGCGCAUGCUAAUUCGAUGGAAGAAGACACGGGCACCUGCUUGUGCUUCCGAUACGUUCCAGACAAGAAACCGAGCCCGUUGGAUCCUGACGACAUAUACCAGCAGUUCGUGAUUUACCAGCGUGAGAUUUUGGGGUUCGGCGGCUUCCAUGCAAAGUCCGUCGCCCCAGGUGGGUACCCUCCAAGUUUCCUGAAGAGGAAAGGCUGGACCCUCAAUGGCAAAACGCCCAAGAACUUUUUCUUGGAUAACGAUGCGCCAGGAGUCAACGACUCUCAGAGGUCAAAGCUCCCGAGCCUUGACUUCUCGAUCGAAAGGAAGAGCUUGGACCCAGUGGUGGUGGGGAAGUGGUACUGCCCGUUCAUGUUCAUCAAGGACGGGGAGGUUGGGGACCAGAUCAAGACCUCGGCGUUCUACGAGAUGACACUGCAACAGAGAUGGGAACAGGUCCAUGUGUGUGAGAAUCAUGCCAGUGAAGGCAAUGCUGUGGAUGUGGAUGUGCUUGUUCAGAAGGAGGCCAUCACAGUGUUUGGUGAGAAAGCUGGGGAGGGCGAUGUGAGUGAUGGAGUGGUGUGGUUUAGGAGUAAGAGAGGAGGGAUAGGGCUAGGCAUGGCGAUUGUGGAGAGGAUGAGGUGGGAGGAAGAGAGAGUGGGUUGGGUGAAGGAGGGAGAGAAGAGAGUGAGGGUGAAGAGAGCGGAGGAGUUCAUCAAAAGCGGGUCGAGCGAGAAUUGGAAGAGGUUUGGCUGUUAUGUGUUGGUGGAGAGUUUUGUGCUGAAGAGAAUGGAUAAGACUUUGGUGUUGGCUUAUGACUUCAUGCACACGCACCAAGUGAGGAGCAAAUGGGAGUGACAUUUCCUCAUCA